AUGAAUACACGUAGAACUCGAAAAGAGCCACGAGAUAACACAUCCCGCAGGACGGGCCCUUGGGAACCUCAGGAAGACGAAAAACUACUAGAGAUAGUAAGAGAAUUAGGAGUUAAGCAUUGGAAACUCAUCGGAAUUAGACAUGGUCUACGUGAUGGAAAGCAAUGUCGCGAACGAUGGCAUAAUCAUCUAAACCCUGAUUUAACAUAUGGACCCUUGACUCCCGAAGAGGACAAAAAAAUACUGUCAUUUUAUUCCGAAAUGGGCACAAAAUGGGCAGUAAUGAGUCAAUUAUUAAGAAGACCAGCUAAUCUAAUAAAAAAUCGGUAUUAUUCUUCACUGUCUAAAAAACGUGACCAUGCCGCGAUAGAUGAUUCAGAUGAUUCCACAAGUAGUGCUUGUGCUUCCCCUAGACCAAAAAAAUGUCGGAUUACUAAAGUUGCUACUACAUCGGCUUCUCUAAGUAAUGACGAACUGUCACAGCAUUCUAAUUCUCGGAAAAAAUCAUUUAAACCAAUUUCACUGGAAAAUUCACCCGUUGAACGGUGGAUUCCUGAAGGCCAUCGUUAUCCAACGCGUCAUCAAGUAAAUUCAUGGCAUUCUUUAAAGACUCCAAUUUCCAGUCCUGAAGCCGUAGAGAUUCCAUGUCUUGAUUUGAACUGUCCUACUCAUAACUAUACAGCUUUAGAGCAACUUGCAGACUUAGCGAUUCAGAAUGCAAGGUAA